UCGUAGUUCAUGCGCCACCGCAACGAAAUUUUGCGGUUGAAGCCGCUCCAUAAGUGUUAGCAAUCUCUCAUAUAAUCCGUGCCGAUAGUGUCGCGCGUGGUGCAUUUAUAGGUUAGAAUUCUAUUUGGAAUUUCAUUGUUGGGUUCAUUGAGGAUCUAUAUAACGUGAUAUUUGUGAUUGGAAGAAUUGAAGAUUUAUUCUGAAAUUUAUCAACAUUUCUUCGUAAUCAAAGAAUUUAUUAAGUUAAAAUGGAUGACGAAGCGGAGACGUACAAGUUGUGGAGAAUCAGGAAAACAGUUAUGCAGUUAUGCCACGACAGAGGUUACCUGGUGACACAGGAAGAAUUGGAUCAGACUUUGGAGCACUUUAAGGAGCAAUUUGGAGACAAACCGAGUGAAAAGAGGCCGGCUAGAAGUGACUUAAUUGUUCUGGUUGCUCACAAUGAUGACCCCACAGAUCAAUUGUUUGUAUUCUUUCCGGAUGAGCCGAAAAUUGGGAUUAAAACUAUCAAGACAUAUUGUCAACGUAUGCAGGAAGAAAAAAUCCACAGAGCCAUCAUUGUUGUCCAACAAGGUAUGACACCCUCAGCCAAACAGUCGCUAGUUGACAUGGCACCAAAAUAUAUUCUGGAACAGUUCUUGGAAUCAGAACUGCUGAUUAAUAUCACAGAGCAUGAAUUAGUACCUGAGCAUAUUGUUCUAACGCCGGACGAGAAGGAAGAACUUUUGAUGAGAUACAAAUUGAAAGAGAAUCAGCUCAUGAGAAUUCAAGCUGGGGACCCCGUGGCUAGGUACUUCGGACUGAAACGCGGACAGGUUGUCAAGAUUAUAAGACCGUCAGAAACUGCUGGGAGAUACAUCUCUUACAGGCUCGUUUGCUAAUUAAGAUUUCUACUUUUUACUUAUCGCACAGAAUUUGUUUUAUCAAAUAGAAAAUGAAUCAUCUGGUAGAAAUUUCGAAACGUACUCAAGACACAAUCUUAGGAUUACAUGUUAAAUAAAUUGUCAGACAUUAGAAAAACAAAAAUAGAUUUUUUAACGAUGUUGAAGGCAUCUGAGUGAGCUCAACAGCAUGUAAUUCACUUUAGCCGUCUUUAGUACGUUGCAGGGUUUUCAUUGGGAAUAAAUGAUUGAAGAAGUACUUUAAUUCUUGUGAAAUUUUUAGACCGAAAAAUUCAUCAUUCAUCCAUUAAAUUACUAUUCUCUAGAGAACUGUACAAAUAAAGUAUACUUUAAGGAAA